GCUGUCUGAAGGAGCAAAAAGAAUUUGUGUGGAUCAGCGAUAUGUGCUUCUGAAGGAAACGGAUGAGAAUGAAGACAGUCCUGAAACCUCAGGGAGACAAACAUGACCUUUGUGAGAGCCUGGCUGGCCUGCUUCCGAGGGCCACAGAUUUCUUUACAACCAUGCCGGCUACCAAUCAGGGGUGGCCUGAAGAGUUUGGGUUUAAAAUAAGUGGAAAUGGUCCUUGCUACAUCCUUGCAGUAGAAGAAGGCAGCAGCGCUUAUGUAGCUGGUCUUCAGCCAGGAGACCAGAUCUUGGAGAUAGAAGGCCAGCAUGUUUCCGCCAUGAACUGCGAGACUCUCAUCAACCUAGCGAGGCAGUGUGAGAAUGUGCCUCCCAGCAUUGGAGUGGUCUCACGCAUCCAGCAGAUGCAUGUCAAUCCUGGCCCGGAUGGAAAGUUUGGUUUCAGCCUGAUGUGUAACAGUGGCAACGCCCUGCAAGUGGAGAGCGUAGCCUCAGACUCACCUGCUUCUGAGUGUGGAAUCAAACCGGGAGACUACAUGCUGGAAGUCAACGGGAUCCCAGUGAAGCUUUAUGAAGCAGCAGCUGCCAUGAUCAAAUCCUGCCAAGGGAAGGCUCUGAGACUGGGGCUGCUGCGGCUUGGGCGGGUACAGAGAUGGACCAGCAGCAGUGUACGGGGAUUUGUCCAAAACGCCGACGCCAUCCACCAAGAGAGAAAACAGAAGGCCCAGGAAUUCAACAAGAAGGCUGAUGAAAUUCUCGGAGAUCAGCCAGAGAUAAAAGAGAAAGUUUUCACCAUCUUGAAACAGUAUGCGGCAGAGAGGAAGGUGGAAUACUUGGCUUACACCCUUUCCAUGAUUCUCACCAAAGAAUCCCAUCAACUUCUCAUUGACAAUAUCAGGAUCUUCAUCCCCAAGAAACACCGGCAGCGCUUUGAUGAGGUGGUGUCCCAGAGCCUGAUCAGCAAACUCUGCCGGUCAAAGAGCGAGCACCACACCAACCGGCUGAGGCGCAGCCGCAGCGAAGACCACCAGGAGCGUCUGCUAGUGUCGACCAGGGCAAGUUCAGUGCCUCGGAGCCAUGAGGAAGCCGGCAAGGGUUUGCGGAAGACAACUUCUCUGGUCACCAGCAGUGUGGGAUCAGGGGCUGCCCGCAGAACUGUUCGAGUUUACAAAGGCAGCAAAAGCUUUGGCUUCACGUUACGUGGACAUGCCCCCGUGUGGAUUGAGUCCAUUCUGCCUGGCAGCCCAGCUGAGAAGGCUGCUCUCAAAGCUGGAGACCGAAUUUUAUUUCUCAAUGGGCUGGAUAUGAGGAAUUGCUCCCAUGAUAAGGUGGUGUCCAUGCUGCAGGGCAGUGGGGCAAUGCCUACCCUGGUUGUGGAAGAAGGGAUGGUCCAUUUUCCAGUUGAUUCUGAGUCUGCUGACUCCCCGAACCCCUCCUCAGCCCUCACCUCCCUGCAGUGGGUGGCAGAGAUACUUCCCUCUAGCAUCAAGAUGCAAGGAAGGACCUUCAAUCAGCAGCUGGAACGUCUGUUGACACCACCCGAGCGCUACAUCAUCUGCAAAUCACUAGAAGGCUUCUUCCAGCAUCGGAACAUCGAUACUCUCAUAGUGGAUGUGUACCCUGUGCUGGACACACCAGUCAAGCAGGUCAUUUGGCAGUUUAUCUACCAGCUAUUGACAUACGAAGAGCAGGAGCACUGCCAGCAAAAGAUUGCCAGGUUCCUUGGUUACAAGUCAGUGGCAGCUGCAGCAGAGCCAGAGGCAGAGGAACGGCACCGGACUUUGGUUCGAGGGGCCUCAGUAUGUCGGGGAAGCAUUCGAACACGAGGCCCUGAGGAAGGUGGGACAGGAGUGAUUCUGGAUUCAUCUGUUAUCCAGCACAUGACAACUAGGGUGAAGUGUCUUAAUGAAAAAAUAUCCAUGGGUUUAUUAAAAACGGAGAAAAUCUUUGGUGUUCCAGUAACAAGAUGCCUUGAUAGCACUAUGAUGGAUACAUUAGAAAUACCUAUUGACAAACUGGCAGGUCACAGUGACACCGGGGAAGUAUCAAUUCGUCUGACGCCUGGAGAGAGGCAAGCGGGAGAUGGCACAUCCCUUCCAGAGACUCCCAACCCCAAAAUGAUGUCGGCUGUCUACGCAGAGUUAGAAAAUCGCCUGAUUGGCAGCUUUGCAGGAAAGAUGGCUAAUGCCCCCCCACACAGAGAUUCACCCCCUGUCCCAGACCAGGCAAACGCUGCAGGUGUUCGGAAGUCGGGGAUGACGAUCUCCUGGCAGAGUGAUCCUUUGCCCUCCCAGCAGUGCUUUUACCACCCACAGAGCAGCAUCCCCUCCCCCAGCAGCACAGAGUCCAACCCCUAUGUCAGCCUAGACAGCAGCCCUGCCCCUUCCCCCAAGCACAUGGAGUACACGCGCAGCCCCCUGUCUCGACGGAAGAAGCUCUUCACCUUCUCCAGGCCCCCACGCAGCCGGGACACAGAUCGCUUCCUGGACGCCUUGAGUGAGCAGCUGGGACACAGGGUCACCAUUGUGGAUGACUUCCUCACACCUGAGAAUGACUACGAGGAGAUGAGUUUCCAUGACGACCAGGGAAGCUAUGUCACCAAUGACAUGAGCAGCGCCAGCGAGUACAUCAGCAGCAGCGAUGAAGGGAGCUCUCUGACCUACUCCACCCUGUCCGAUCACAUCCCCCCUCCCCCACUCAGUCCGCCCCCGCCUCCGCCGCAGUUCCAUGACUCCAGACCACUCACUUUGAGCUCAGAGGCCACAAGAAAUAUCUCCUCCCCACUCUCCAAAACCCUAGGGAGUCACUCACACCCAGUUCCUCCCCCUCCCCCUCCCCCACCUCCCCCACCAGUGCCAUGUGCACCCCCCUUGCUGCAGCGGGGCCUCGUACAUCGCAGGAGCGAGUCCAGCCACAUGAGUGUCAAAAGGCUGCGGUGGGAGCAAGUGGAGAACUCGGAAGGCACCAUCUGGGGGCAGCUUGGAGAAGACUCAGAUUAUGACAAACUGAGUGAUAUGGUCAAAUACCUCGACCUGGAGCUUCAUUUUGGAACUCAAAAGCCUGCAAAGCCAACUCUGUUGUCUGAAUCCUUUAAAAAGAAAGACGUGGUUGAAAUUUUGUCUCACAAAAAGGCCUACAACACAUCCAUCCUGAUAGCCCACCUCAAGCUCUCACACAUCGAGCUGCGCCAAAUUCUCAUGACAAUGGAGAGCGACCACCUGGAGUCCUCUCACAUCAAGCAGCUCCUGCUGUACGCACCUGACGCAGAGGAGGUCCAGCAGUACCAGAACUACCAGGACAAUCCCAGCAAGCUGAGUGAGCCAGACCAGUUUGUCCUGCAGAUGUUAUCAGUACCAGAAUAUAAAACCCGGCUACGCAGCCUUUACUGUAAGACCACCCUGCAGGAGAAGGCAGAGGAGAUCAAAGCCAGCUAUGAGUGUAUCUGCAAGGCUUCCCUGGAGCUGAAAAGCAGCAAGAAACUGGCUAAGAUCUUAGAGUUUGUGCUGGCAAUGGGGAACUAUUUGAACAAUGGGCAGCCCAAGACCAAUAAAACGACAGGCUUUAAAAUCAACUUCCUCACCGAGCUGAACACAACCAAGACCGUUGAUGGGAAAUCUACUUUCCUGCACAUUCUUGCCAAAUCGCUUAGCCAACAUUUCCCAGAACUUCUGGGUUUUGCCAAGGACCUUCCUACAGUGCCGCUCGCUGCCAAAGUGAAUCAGAGAACAUUAACAGCUGAUCUCAACGACCUUCACACCACCAUCAGUGAAAUAGAGACUGCCUGCCACAGCAUGCCAGCUGCUGAGGAGGAUAAAUUUGCUAUUGUGAUGAAUUCUUUCCUGGAGAGCGCCCAUCCCACUAUAAAAUCUCUGGAUGACCUGCAGCAUAAGGCCAUGGAGGAAUUCAGCAAAGUGCUGUCCUUUUUUGGGGAAGACUCCAAAGUGACCACAUCUGAAUCUUUUUUUGGCAUUUUUGCUGAGUUCAUGAGCAAGUUUGAGCGGGCGCUCAGUGAUGUGCAGGCCUGCGAAAGCCAGCGCAGUCCCAGGAUGACCUCGCCCCUUGCCUGGUGAUGGGCUUGUGGUGACAUUCGGUGCAACACUUUAUUGCCAACAAAGUGCAGUUGGUUCCUGUUGGUUGUAAAUAUGCUGCUGUCAUGUUAGCACCAAUCAGAACCAUGGACAAAGGCAAAGGGGCUUCUUUGGUGGUAAUCUGGACACUGUAGGAAUAACUUCUGUGAAAAGGCACCAUGGAUGGGUCCUGGGAUGGAUGUAUGGGUGGGGCAGGGUUACAGAGUUAAGACAAACACUGUGUUAGUCCUAACUACGGGAUCUUACGUUUAGUGCCGUAGAUUUCCAGUGCAUUGUUGAAUCAGGUUUGCAGACCCACCAGGAUGUAGAAACCCCUUACAUUUUUCAGAAUCUGUACGUCGGCAGUAGCAGACCCUGGGAACCCUGCCCAGGACUCUGUUGUGGGUGCACAAAGCGUUUUCUUCUCCCCACGGAACAAGGGCUCAGCACUCUCCCACUAUGGGACACAGGCACUGCUCCCAAGGCGUCAGAGGGAGAGCAGGGCCAGGACCUGUCCCUUACCCAGUGAGCAAGAGCUGGUUGGGCACAGAAGGCAGCACAUGCCAAACCCCUUGAAUUGGUGAUGGAGCUGCCACUGGAGCGUGCUCUCCAGAGAACCUUGGGAGGAACCGCUGAUGAGUCAAGAUGAAUUCCUCCUCAGAGUCCCUGCAGCGCCUUCAAACCCACCAGCCAGCACUUAAUUUUUCCAGAGCUCUUACCCAGUCAGAACUCCCACUGACCCCGCAUUGGUUGAGGCAGGGCGCUUCAGGGUUUGGCUCAGAGUCUUUAAUCCUGGACUUCAGCAGGGAAAGGUCAGUGAUGAUGUCAGGAAAUUACCUCCAUGGUGUAUCCACUUUGUCCCCAAACAUAGGUCCAAUAUGAUUCCAUCCAGUUGCUUUAUGCAGUGGGACAAUCCUGAAAUUCCUACCUGGCUGUGUCCUAUUUGCUUAGGUGUGUGGCAAUGACUGAUGGGUCUGGACAGUUUACUAGAAAAUUAACAUCUUCCUCACCAGAUCUACAUGGACUUGCCAGGAGACACAGUUCACUGAGCAUCUUGAAGCCUCCAUAGAAAGUGUAAAACCCUUGGCAGUCUAAAAGUCUAGCAAUCAGUGGGAUUCCUUCAAGCAUCUAAAGCCCUGCAGUGUAGCUUCUGAGGCUAGCCAGAGAGCCCAGCAGGAAACCAAGUAUGUGCUGUACCUUUCAAUCAUUUACUGAGGGCCUGUAGUUCUGUAGUAACAUCUGACAUAAUGUAGGAUUCAAUCGAUCCUUCAUGCCAAGUGUAUUUUGUGAACGGCAGAACUGUACACACCAUGCUCCAUUGCUCUGUCAGCCUCUGAUUAUUGUGUAGGUAAAUUUAAUGAUAUCUGAGAUAUCCUUCUGGGAUUAAUGCUCUUCUAGACUUUUGUGGUCUGCAUGUGCCUCCAGGUGAUACAGCUUGCUAAGAUCCUUACAGCAAGAAGCAUCAGUGCGUUCACAUUGUUGGGCAUUAUUUUGUGCAAAAAGCAGUCAUUGCCUUUCAAUUCUGAUGUGCUCUAACAUCCUGCUCCUUGAAACACUCCAGCAACACCUGGAGCUUAGGUAACAUUUCUCAUCCAAAUGCUUCUCCUCACUUGAUGCCAGAGCAAGAGGUCCUCUCACAGCCUGUGCGGAGAGUAGAGAAUCACCAACUGGUGCAUUAUUUACAGGAGACCUUAUGUGCAUCAAAUCCUUUGUUUUCAGUAAUUUUAAAACUCCCUGCUGUAGAAAGUGAUGUAUAUUUCCACAAGUGUUUUCAGUUUUUACAGCUUUAAGUGCCAGGUCGCUUCUAGCAUUGUAUUAUCAGCUGCCCAAGCAUUGCAUUAUCAGAGCCGUGUUUUUUCUCCUUGAUUUAUGAUAGGACAAUGCAUAUUUGUCUCCAUUCUGUGUUUCAGAUGCUGCAUAAUGUGUAUAGUUGAUCUUUUUUUAAGCACAUAUUAUGUAUUUAAACCGUUUGAGGUUAUUUUGAAACUGUCAUUAAUGAAAAUGCUGUACAUAGACUUUGCUACCUGUUGUAACUUGACAAAAUAGCUAAAACUCCAAUCGCUUUGUUUCCAGAUGGUAUUUUUAUGUGAAAAUUUUCAGAGAACCAGAACUUCUGAGAUAUGGUUAUUUUAUUUGAUAACAGGACUAUGUGUAUAGUCACAAUUCAGUCUCUACCCGAAACCUAUGUGCUGUCCCCAAAAUAAAGCUCCUGCGGUCUGCCUCCCAACUGCAUUUGAGUCCAUUAUAGGUAAAAACUA